UGACAAAAGUCACAAAGUCAAAGCAAGCCGAGCUUGUGUUCGAUGUGGACUAGUGUUUAUUGAAUGAUGUGCAGUGCCUUGUUGCUUCUACAUGCAACUUAUCUUUUAAGUAACAUGUUUGUUUUCUAGCUUCGUUCGCAGGUCUCAUGUGAACUAUGUCACAAUUAACUUUUCGUGUUAAAAUGUUAAGUGAUAAUGUUUGUGUUAUGUGCUUGGUGCAUUUAUUAAUAUUAUUAGCACUGACAAAGAGCGCUGCGGAAGCUCAGGAACCAAGACAGCCAGCAUUAGACUUUAACAAGCACAAACUAAUUCAGCCUAUAGUCCAUCAUGGAAGAACAAAAAGAGAGAUAUCUUCAACGAGAGACACGAGCGGUGCACAUCAUUCAGAGGUGACAGUAACAGUCCCUAUAGAUGGCCAGGAGUACAUCCUGGACCUCAGACUGAACCACGACUUAGUGACGGACAACCAUGUACUUAGGUACCAGAAGAAUGGCAAGACUGUCACUUACAAACCUACGAAAGAGGAUAUAGACUUAUGUCAGUACUCAGGCACGGUGAGGGGCAAGCCAGGCUCUUGGGUAGCAGUGUCUACGUGCCAUGGCAUACGGGGGAUCGUGUUCGAUGGAGAACGGAUGAAAUAUAUCGAACCGGCUGAAGGACCAGAAAUCCAAUCGAACCACUACAUAUACGACCAUGGAGAUCUGAACAAUGAAUAUCACUGUGGUUAUGCAGGCGGAGUGACACACAAUGCUAGCUAUGACCCGGAACUCUUUCAUAAGUACCACAGAGAAAAGGAUGUGCAAAAGAGUAGGAUUACCAGGUACAAAAGAAACGCAGACGACACACAAGUCCGCGGGCCUUACAAUGCGAACAAAUUGUCUCGGUAUGUCGAGCUAGUGCUGGUUGCAGACAACCGGGAGUAUAAAGCUAAUGGCGAGAACAUACAGACUGUGUAUCGACAGAUGAAGGAUGUCGCUAAUAUUAUUAAUUCGGUAUACUCCCCACUAAACAUAUUCAUAGCCCUAGUAGGCGUGGUGGUGUGGUCGGAAAAUGACGAGAUCGUUCUAGAAGAAAACGGAGACAGAACGCUCAAUAACUUCUUAGGGUAUCGGAAGUCGGUACUCGUUAAGGAUAUACCUAAUGACAAUGCUCAGUUGUUAACACGGCAAAAAUUCACCGAUGGAGUUGUAGGCAAAGCUUUAAAAGGUCCGAUAUGUACUUACGAAUUCUCUGGGGGUGUUUCCACCAACCAUUCCGAGGUUAUAGGCCUAGUGGCCACUACUAUUGCUCAUGAAAUGGGACAUAACUUCGGCAUGGAACACGACACUGAUGAUUUGUGUCAAUGUCCUGAUGCUAAGUGUAUUAUGAGUCCUUCCAGUACUUCGGUUACGCCAAUACACUGGUCGUCUUGUAGUUUGAAUUCGUUGGCCUUGGCUUUUGAGAGGGGCAUGGAUUAUUGUCUAAGGAACAAACCGAAGCGCCUAUUCGAGUCCCCAACAUGCGGCAAUGGUUUCGUUGAACCCGGUGAACAAUGUGACUGUGGGACCCUGGCAGAUCCCACGGCGUACAGUCCGUGCCACGCGUGCUGCGAGCCUAGCACGUGCAUGCUGCGCUCCAACGCCACCUGCGGCGCCGGCAUGUGCUGCGACCUGCAGACGUGUCGACCCAAAGCGGCGGGCACAGUAUGCAGGUCGGCGGACCGAGAGUGUGAUCUACCCGAAUAUUGUACGGGACACUCGGAAUAUUGUCCCGAUGAUGUAUUCAAGAUGGACACUACCAACUGCGGGAAGGAUGGAGAGAAGGCCUACUGCGUCCGUGGAUCCUGUCGCUCUCACACUGACCAGUGUCGGCUUCUGUGGGGUACGACCGGCGAGAGCUCGCACGAAAAGUGUUAUUACAGCACCAAUGUUAAAGGGAACAAGAGCGGCAACUGCGGCUACGAUCGUCUGAACGUGGCGUACAAACAGUGCAAUGUACGCGACGCGUUGUGCGGCACGUUACAGUGUCGGCACCUCAACGAACGCCUCGAGUUCGGCAUGGAGUCCGUCGCCACGCUCGCUGCCGUCUUCAUCAAUAACAAUGGCACAAUAAUACCAUGUCGGACAGCCAUCAUAGAUUUGGGUCUCAGUGAUGUGGAUCCUGGUUUAGUUCCCGACGGAGCCAAGUGUGGCGAAGAUAUGAUGUGCUUGAAGCAACGUUGUAUCCCAGUGCAGGCUGAAAGAGACAGGAUAGCCAAGAUGGAGUCGUCUGUCUGUCCCUCCAACUGCUCAGGACAUGGCGUCUGUAAUUCUGCCGGCCACUGUCACUGCGAGGCGGGAUUCGCGCCGCCACUGUGCGCGUUGCCGGGUCCGGGUGGAUCAUUUGAUUCGGGUCCAGCUACUGAUCCUACUAUCCAACGCAACUUCAUGGUGGCUAUGUACGUGAUCUUCCUGGGCAUCAUACCUGCGAUCCUAUUGGUGCUGUUCCUCAUCUACUACUCUCGCCACAACGUGCUGCUCUGGUGGAAGAAACCACGCAAAUCGGCCCCAUCUCCAAAGAAAGCAAGCUUACAACACCGACUCUCGCGCAGCGCCAGUAAAUUCGCCGCCAAUUUCCAAAACAGUACUCAAAAUAACGCUCAGCCCGUCAACGUUCAUACAUUGUCUAACCCUGACGAUAUGAGCUCCAGUCUACUAAGAAGUGACUCCGACCGCAGCCCCCCUGGUAAUAUCAACCCUUCUGUUAAUUUCUUCGGCAAUUUCAAAGGAUUUUCACUCACCCCUAUAGAAAAGAACGCCCCCACAGAGAAAGAUGAAACUGAAGUCCCCAUAACUCAUAAACCUGUAAAGAGUAUUGCUGAAAGUCUAAACAAAAGCGCGAAAAUCACGCCCGUACAUAGAAGCGGGAGCAACAGUCAGAGUAUUGUCAACCAAGGGGUUUUGAAACCCGUUCUAAGAAGCGCCCCACCGUUACCCGUAGUUCCUUCUACAGCUAAGACUAGCCCAAAGACCAGUCCUUCAGUUAAACGCACAAACAGCACUGUACAGAACAAAAUUAAAGCUUUAAUGAGUAAUGAGAAAACUGAGGAUGUUACUCCACCCGUCGUUGCUAAUCCACCCCCGAGACCAGUUAUAUCCAGUCCCAUUCUAGAAGCUUCUACGUGCACGGCUAAAGAACUUAUAUCUCCCCUACAAGGGUCUAAGACUUUAGGGCCUAUAAGAGCGGCUCCUACAGUACCAAUAACCCCAGAUUUUCCAAAAAGACCGUUAAGCAUGCAUUCCGCUGGUGUGCCCCAAAAACCUCUCCCUGAGGAACCUAAAAAAGUCAAAGAAGGGAUAUCAUUAAACCGCAUAGCAUCAUUCUUGAAACAUGAUAAGCAUGAUAAACUGAAGGAAAAAGAGAGAAAUCCGGUCGAAAGAAGUCACUCUUUACCUAAAAACCCGAAUCACCAAGUUAAAGUUUCAAAAGUCGAUAAAGGGGCUUUGAGAAACUUGCAGAUUUCCAAUCCAAUACUGCAAAAAGAGAUUGAGUUACCAGUCAAAUCCGUUUCGGUGGUCUCAGAUUCUGAAGACGGGGAUGAUCCAAAGGCCUUUGUGAAUCGAGCUCAAAGUAUGCGAGCCCCAGCCAGUCAGAAACCUGUCUUACAAAGCUUUGGUUCUAUGAGGGCGGCGCCACCGGCCCCGAGACCCUUAUCUGUAGUGGGGAGACCUACCGCCCCUCCACCGCCUUUACCAAAUCACUCCGACCCAAUCCCACCACCACCGAACCCAAAACCACAGCCUGAAAUCAAGCAGACAGAUUACGUCGACUGUAUAGAAGAAAAACAGGCACCCUUAGCUCAUAUAGCUGAAGAAUCUAUGGACAACAUCUACGCGGUUAUUGAAGAGAGUCCCGAGAAACGUUCGAAGCCUCUACCUGGCGUUCCGCAACCCGUCAAAACGAUCCCACAACCACCUCCCGAAGGGUACAACACUCCUAAAGUAAUCCCUUCAAACUCCGGCAGUACUGAAAGCAUGGGAUUACUAGGAGAGAUUGUAAACGAAAUUCAAAAUCGUAACUUCGAGUCUAUAUACUCAGCUUCGACUCUUUCUAGAAAGAAAGAGAAGGAAAGAAAGGCUAAAGCUGCGGCCGAAAAUAAAGAUAACAAUAGAGAUAGUACGUACAUGAAUUCAGAACAUUACAAAACGCCUGAGAGUGUUUAUAGCAAUUCUGGAGCCAAAUCUAAUGUCUCUACGACUAGCAGUGGGUACUUACAUCCGUCGGCUGUCAACGUACCUACUUAUUUAAAAAAGGAUGAGCCCAAAGAAGAAGAUAAGGCCCCGCCUCUCCCGGGCCCUAAUUCUAAGAUCCCAACGUUUUCAAGACAAGUGACCCCACCUGCUCUUAAAAGCACAUCCACGUUCAAAAACGUGCCACAAUCGCCAAAGGUCAUCAAAAAUUCUAACUUAACUCCUAAAAUAAUGAAUAGCCCAGACCUAGUUUCGAGCUGUACAUUACCUGAAGCGAAAAAUGUAAAGCCACCUGAUGUGAUAAACAAUAAUAAGCUGCCAAACGAUACAAAGGCGACGACAAAGCCAGCAGUGACGGCUAAGCCUAAUGACAACCGACCUCCUUUAAGGCCGGCGCCCACAGAACCUAAGAAACCGAACAAAAUCACGCCACCACUCAAACCAGUUAACUCAAACUCUAACUUAAACAAAGUGACAGAUAAAACUCCGCCCGCGAACCGUGCCAUUUCAAAAGUAGACUCCGUCAAAACUAUAGCGGACAACUUAAAUAAGAACAAACCUAAAGUAGUUCCCAAGCCCCCAACAGUCGUCCAAAGGACGGAUAAUAAGCCUAACCAAACAAAACUGACGGCUAAACCAUCGAAUGUUGCCAGUUUACAGCAGAAAUUCGAAAAUAGAAAGUCGUUAGGCAAAGAGGUUGCCGUUACAAAAAAAUGAAAGUUUACAAAUGACGUGUAAUUUAAUUGAGUUAUCUAGUCUGUAAAUAUAUUUAAAUGGCCAUUAGCACAGAAGACUCGGUAUCGUAACAAAGUAUGUAAGGAUCUGAUUUUAAAGAAGAAUAGAAAUGAUUGACGAAAUUGUAUGUAUUGAAUUUGGUUUGGUUUGCAAUGGCUGGUUAUAGUGUAAGUUGCUUGUCCAAAAAAAUGUUUAGUUACGUUUAGAUAUGGCUCUAAAAUAAAUAUAAUGUUGAAAUCGCCUUUUUGAAAGAUAAAAUUAUAUGUUGCUGAGCUUUAUAAACGGUGAAGCAAUGUUUAGAAAAUAUCGUUUAUCGAAAUUUUGUCAGGAACUUUUUUUGACUGA